AUGGGCGACGACGGCAAACUGGAAGAAAAGGUGAUCAAACUAACCGUAAGACUGAAAAGCUUGCAAGAGGGGAAACAGCUGGACACCCUGGUGCAGAUCAUGGAAGACUUGCGCUGCCUGGCCGACGCUCAACAUUGCGCAGCAGAGCUGUUUGAAGAUAAGGACGUCCAUCUGCCUUUGAUGGUAGUAUUGACGUCGUACAUGGACAGCCGGAGAGUGCAGCAGGUGGGGCUGUUGCUACUUUGCCGUCUGUUAGAAAUCUGCCCCUCCACUCUGGACAAGUUAAUUGGACCUGCGAUAGAGGCGGGGGAAUGGGAAGUACUGGCAGUACAUCGACAGAUUCUCAAGGUCCUUUCUGUGCAUCACGAGCACAGCCAGCUGAUGACCCUGGGGCUCCAAAUACUGGCGUACAUCCUUGCGUCAGAUGCCAUAAUGCUGAUGGUCCUGGAGGAUGACAUGGAUGUCUUUGACCUGGUGGUCAGCGCGAUGACACGUUUCCAAACCAGUGGGGAAAUCCAGUUUCACGGCUGCAAGUGCCUGCAGCUGCUUCUGGAGCAUGUUCCAGAGGAGCACCUAGUGGAAUUUAUAGAGAAGGAGGACCACAUCGUAGUCCUGAAGGCCGCCCGCUCAUUCAGAGAUCAAGAGAAUGUUCUUCUACAGGCCCUUAGGGUGUUGUACCCACUGGCUGGUCCAGCUAGCAAUGUGGAGAUCUUGAUGUCAGGAAACGAGAGGUGCUACACUGUCAUCAGUCUGGCUAUGGAGUCUUUCCAACACAAUCAGGCGUUGCAAGAGAUCGGCUGCAGCCUUUUCCAGAAAUUCACGUCAGAGAGCUACUACAGCAUCCUGGUGCUGAAUGGCGUGCACAGGGUCAUUGUAAGAGCAUGUAUGAUGUAUCCAGAGAAUAUGACACUUCAGGCAUCUGGUCUCUCUUGCCUGGCUGCCCUCACCAAAACGGUUUUCUUGAGUACGGAAAUGGAGGGUGGAAAAGAGGAGGCAGAGGAGCGUGAGGAGCCGAGCUGGUUUGGGAUCUGCUGCAGCGCCCUGGAGCUCCACACCUCCAGCGCCCAGGUGCAGGGGGCUGCAUGCAGGGCAGUGCACAGUCUGCUGCUGCAUGACAGCAGAAUCCAGCAGGCGCUCAGGGAUGCUGACGGGAGGACUCCUAUCCACAGGCAGAUUAUGGCUGCCAUUCUUCUGCAUUCAUCCUCCUUGGAUGUUUUCCAAGCGGCGACCAGUGCUCUUGAGAGUCUCAUAGACCACGACAGAAAAGUUCGAGCUCUUUUGCUGUCCAGUGGGAUCCACAUCAACGUUGUGGAGAUGAUGAAAAAGCACAGUUCCUCUCCUGAGGUAGCAGAAAGCGCAUGUAAGUUACUACAUCAGCUGUUCCAGGGAAGGACGGCCGGUUUGGAUGAGCUGAUUAUGGCCAUGUGUGAGAUCCUCAAGGCCAUGAAGGUUCACAACCUCCUGCCCAACAUCCAGCUAGAAGCCAUGCGAGCCAGCCUGACCUUUCUCAAUCCUGACAGGAGCCUGAAGGAGCACGGUAUCUCGCUGAGGGACCCAGAUGCUGUGGACAUCUCACUAAAGGUGCUGAAGAACCAGUGUUUGGUGGAGGGUGCGCAUGCUGUGUACCUGGAAGCCUUGAAUAGGUUCAUCGGCUUGCUGGAUGUUCAGCUGUAUGGUUUGAGAGUUCUGUCCGCUCUGGUUGACUCCUCCGGCGCAGUGGAUCUGAUGUGUCAGCAGGGGGCGAUAGAUACCGUGUUACACACUCUGCAGAUGUACCAUGAGGAAAGUGAAAUCCAUUACUGGGGACUGAAUCUGCUACACGAGCUCGUCUCUAAGAAGCAGCUGUCCAGGAUGAUGGUUCCUGUCCUGACUUCGGUUGUGGUCGACUCUGUGAGACGACAUCAGGCGCAUGCAGAGGUGCAUUUGAAGGGGUUUCAGGUGGCUCUGAAGCUGCUGGACAUGUUCCCAGCAGCGGCCAGCGAGCUGGAGACGGAGGACUUCGACAGAGUGAUCUUUCACCAUCUCUCACGGCGUCCAGCCAAGCAGCGAGCAGAUCCAGUUCACAGACUGAGCUGUCUCUGCCUCUCCAAGAUGGCCACCAACAGUGACAUCACAUACGUCAUGCUAGAAAAGGCCUGCAUCGACGGCGACGUCACAAUGGCCGACUGUCUGAUACGGCUGGGAGCCGAUGUCAAUAAGAAGACAAAGACGGAGUCUCUUAUCUAUCAGGUCUGCGAGCGGGGAGAGCACCUGCAGCUGCUGGAGCUCCUGCUGAGCAGCGGCGUCCACGAGCAGCACCUGCGCAGCGCCCUGAGCGCCGGCAUCCACAGGUGGGCCGGCCCUGUCGUCACUCUGCUCCUGGCCAAGCUGGGGCUGGACCUGAACAACAACGCGCUCUGUCUGGGCGGCUUCCGCCUGGGCCGCAUCGAGGCCGCCUUGCUGAGUCCGCUGUUCGAGUGCAGAGCUCCAAGCUUUGGGAGAAGGACCAGUAAAGGGAUGUCACUGGCCAGAGUGAUUCUGUCCUACCAGAGGAGAAAGGCCAAAAUAAGCUCUUCCAGGGUGGUGAAUGAAGUUUGUUCCUCGGGAUACCUGUCUGAUGAAAGCGAAGAUCUCAGCCUCUUCUCUGCCAUGGACGGCUGUGUCAAUGCAAAUUCCGACGUGGAGAGUGACGGAAGUGAUGGGACCUCUAACAUAAAAAGUAAAUUUCCGUCCGACGUGUUUGAAGAGCGUAACGGCCAGCACCGCAGCCCCGAGGCGAGCAGUGCUGACUCAGACCAAAGCGUGCCAAGUCACCGGAAUUUCUCGACGGCAUCCCCGAGACGGAAAAGUAACCUUUCCCCUGUUUUUGGUGGCAUGGACUGCACCUCCCCACUGGGGGGAGACAGAGAGCACGUCAGGCUGCUGGACCUCUCAGGGAAUGAGUUGGACAGCUUGUCCUGCCUGACGGGGGACAGUGUGACCUUGCAGCACUUGGAGCACGUCGUCCGCCUGGAACUAAGCCAGAACAACCUUGUGGAGUUCCCUGAACUUCUGUGUCAGAGUCUGAGGAAUUUGACCCGUCUGGAUCUCCAUGGUAACCAUCUCACGUCUUUACCGGCCGGCUUGCUGGGCUUGCCCUCACUGAGCGUGCUCAAUGUGUCCCGGAACUGUGUGGGACCGCAGCUCUGCCUCCCACCCGCUGUGCAAUGCCCCUCGCUGAGGCAGUUCAAUCUCUCCUUCAACCACAUUGCCGUGUUCCCGGACCUUCUGGGCCAGUCGCUGGAGAAGCUAGAGGAGCUUUCCCUUGAAGGGAACAGGCUGACGGGGCUGUCGAGCCCACUCCUCCUGCCUGAGAUGAGGCUGCUGGACAUCAGCAGGAACAGCAUUGAGCGUAUCUGUCAGGACGCCCUGACCAGCUGCCUGAGGCUGGAGACUCUCAAUGCGUCCAUGAAUAAACUUAGUUGUUUUUCAUCACUUCCAUCAAAAUUAACAACACUGAAAUUAGCUGACAAUAACUUCACUUGUGUUCCAGAAGUAAUUCUUCAGCUUCCACUUUUACGAUCCCUGGACAUGAGGAACAGCAGCAUAACUGUCCUGCCGGGACCUGUCGCCUGGACCUCUGUUAACCUGAGUGAGCUCAUCUUCAGUCACAAUCGCAUCGCUCUUCUGGACAUCAGUGAACCUGUGUACAAGUGGGCUCGACUGGAGAAGUUACACCUCGCCGACAACAUGCUUACUGAGAUUCCAAGUGAGAUAGGCUUGCUGGAAAACUUGACGUCUCUAGAUGUGAGCAGGAAUGAGGGGCUGCGCUCCUUUCCAGAUGAAAUGGGCAAACUCAGCAGGCUGUGGGACCUGCCACUGGAUGGGCUCAGACUCAACAUGAACCUAAAGCACAUCGGCAACAAGACCAAAGACAUUGUCAGGUUCCUGCAGCAGCGGCUCAAAAAGGCAGCUCCCUACUUCAGGAUGAAGCUGAUCAUGGUGGGAAAUUCUCGGAGUGGGAAAACCACACUGGUCCAGCAGCUCAUGAAGCUCCGGAGGUCCCAGUGGUAUGCGGACCAGCUGAGCGAGGCCAUUUAUGUCCAAGACUGGUCCAUCCGUGUCCGCGACAAGAGAAACAUAGUACUGAAUGUGUGGGACUUUUCAGGGGGAGAGAAAUUCAGCAGCUCACACUCUCAUUUCAUGAGCCAGCGAGCGAUGUACAUCGUGGUGUUCAACCUGAGCAAGGGCCCGUCUGAAGUGGAAGCCCUGAAGCCCUGGCUUUUCAACAUCAAGGCCAUUGCCCCCCUAUCCCCAGUGAUCCUGGUGGGCACUCAUACCGACGUCUGCGAGGACCAUCAACUGCAGGCAUGUUUGGCAAAAAUCAAGGGAGAGCUGCUGCUUCACCAGGGCUUCCCCGCAAUAAGGGAUUAUCACAUGGUCAACGCGUGCGAGGACUCCGACCCAAUGAGCCGACUGCGCAAGGCUGUCAUAAGGGAGGCCACUGGUUUCAAGAUCCAGGGUCAGCCGGUGAUUGGGCAGCUUAUCCCAGACAGCUACCUGGAGCUAGAGCGGAGGCUUCUGCAGGAAAGGGCAAGAACAGCCCAUGACUUCCCUGUGCUACGUCACCAGCGCUUGCUGGACAUUGUGCAGGAGAACCAGCUACAGCUGGAUGAGAGCGAGCUGGCCCAUGCGGUCCACUUCCUCAGCGAGGCUGGUGUGCUACUGCACUUUGCUGACCCGGCCCUCCAGCUUGCCGACCUCUACUUCAUUAAACCCCAGUGGCUCUGCAGCAUCGUUUCCCAGACGUCGCUGCUGAAAUGUGCCUGUCGCUCGGAACAGCGGAAGGGCAUCAUGCGGCACUCAGUGGCUGAGAAGCUCCUCCUCGAGAGCCGGUGUUUUCCGAAACGUUACUUCGCCCAGUACCUGAAGCUUCUGGAGAAGUUCCAGGUCGCACUGCCCUUUGGAGAAGAUCAGCUGCUCAUACCAAGCAGCCUGCCACAUCGCAGACCAAUGAUAGAACUCCCCCACUGUGAGAAUUCUGAAGUUGUUGUCCGGCUGUACGAGAUGCCAUACUUCCCGAUGGACUUCUGGUCCAGGCAUAUCAAUCGUCUGCUGGAGAUCUCUUCAUCCUUGUUGAGUGCAAAAGAAAAAGCUCUGAGACCAAACCAAAUCUGCUGGAGGACAGGAAUCUACCUGAACUGGUCUCCUGAAGCUUACUGUCUGGUGGAGUCCACAUCCUGGGACGAGGCUCCCCAGAGCUUUGUCAAGAUCACGGUUCCUUGCUCUCGUGAAGGUCAUAUCCUGCUCGGUCAGGUCGUUGACCACAUCGACUCCCUUUUGGAAGAGUGGUUUCCCGGCCUCCUUACCACUGAUAUCCAUGGCAGUGGGGAGAUGUUGCUGAAAAAAUGGGUGCUGUACAGUUUUGAAGAUGGACAGGAAUGGAGUAAGAUGCUUCUGGAGGACCUUCUCACACGCAUCAAGGAAGAUUAUCGACUGACGAAUCCAUCUGACCCCCGAUCUACAGUUCCCAUUUCCCAAAUAGCACCAGAUCUGAUUCUUAGGGAUUUGCCAGCAGGUAUGAUGCUCAACACUGAAGAGCUGGAGAUAGACCUUUCUAAGGAGUAUUUACUGGGGGAUGGAGGUUUUGGGUCCGUCUAUCGAGCCGUCUACAAGAACGAAGAAGUAGCCGUUAAAAUUUUCAACAAACAUGCCUCAGAGAUGGACGUACUCAGGCAGCUCAGACAGGAGCUAGCUGUGCUCGGGCGCCUGCACCAUCCCAGCCUGGUGUCUCUCCUGGCUGCUGGGACAUCUCCUCCCUUGCUGGUCAUGGAGCUGGCCCCUUGUGGGUCCCUGGACUCUCUCUUUCAACAUGAAAAUGGCAACUUGAACCGCAAGCUGCAGCAUAGGAUUGCCCUGCAGGUGGCGGAUGGACUUAGAUUCCUUCAUGCUUCCAUGAUCGUUUACCGAGAUCUGAAGCCACACAACAUUCUUUUGUUUAAUCUGAAGACGGACUCUGAGAUCAUCGCCAAGAUCACCGAUUACGGCAUAGCUCAGUACUGCUGCAGUAUGGGGGUCAGAACUUCAGAAGGGACCCCUGGAUUUCGCGCUCCAGAAGUUGUCCGAGGCAACGUCAUAUACAACCAACAGGCCGAUGUGUUCUCUUUUGGCCUGUUGAUGUACGACCUGCUCACUUGCGGGGAAAGGAUGUUUGAUGGCAUGAAGUUUCCCAGUGAGUUUGAUGAAAUUGCAGUGCAGGGGAAGCUGCCAGAUCCAGUCAAGCACUAUGGCUGCAGCCCGUGGCCUUUGUUUGAAGAUCUAAUGAAGCACUGUAUGAAAGAGAACCCUCAGGAAAGACCCUCAGCAUCAGAGGUGUUUGACAAGCUCAACUCGGGCGAGAUGCUCUGCCUGAUGCGACGGGUGGAUGUCUGCCGGGUGCCGAACGCUGAGUGCUUUGCAGUGGCCCGUGGGGGUGACGCGAGUCUGUGCGUCAGUGUCGGAGGGGGCAGCAGCAGCCAGAGAAGAGGCUGCGUCACAUCCGUGGUGCUGAGCUCUGGGAAACUGACCGCGCAGGAGAUUGACAGCAGUCCCAUCCUGUGCCUUGUGACAGUGCGAGUCCCUGAGGAAGGCAGCGAUUGGCUGGUGGCAGGAACCCAGGCAGGAUCUCUGAUAGUAAUAAACACGGCGGACAUGUCCGUUCUGCACCGUCUUCAAAGAGUCACUGACGCUGUGACUUCCCUCUUCUUUCACUGUGACUCAGAACACAGGCAUAAGAGGAGCCAUUUGUUAGUGGGAACAGCUGAUGGAGUUCUGGCUGUUUAUGAUGAAUCAGAGAUUCAGUAUGACAGUGGCCAGCCUCUGAAGACACUGCAUAUCGGGACCAUUAACACUCCCAUAAUGAGCCUGGGCCAGUCUGGUUGCCCACUGGACGGAACCACCAUCUGGGCCGGCUGUGGAACCCAAGUUUUGGGAUUUAAUGCAGACUAUGAUGUCCUGAAGACCAUUGAAACCAAACUAAAUUGCUUUAAUCAAUGGGGCAGUGAAACCAAUAUUUCCCGCUUGGCGGUGGAUAAGCACAUCUAUGUCAGCAAGGUGAGGACCCACACAGUAGAAGUUUGGGACAGGAAGAGCGAGAGGAUGAGCAACCUCAUUGACUGUGCUCAGAUACUAAGACAGAGAUUGAGGGUUUCAUAUGCAGAGAGGGAACUGGAGACUGGGAUGUCCUGGGCCAGUGUGAAAGCCCUGCUGAUACAACACAACACAUCUCUCUGGAUUGGUACCAGGGGUGGUCAUGUGAUCCUCAUGGACCUGUCGACCUGCCUGCCCCUGCAGGUCAUCGGCCAUCUCUGCCAGUCUGUAAGGAGCAUGAUGUUGGUCCAUGCAGAUGCACUAAACCCAAGGAAUGUUGUUCUCGUCUUGGGACGAAGCAGAAGGACGAGAAGGGAGGAGGCCAGAAUGGACUACGAAGACGACUCCACCCUGCUGGUGUGGAACAGCACACUGCCCCAGGAGGUCCGAGAUCUGAAGAAACACUGUGACAUGAGGAUGGAGAUAGCUGACAAAAUGAGGACACCACGAAACACUUGAGCUCAAGGGUUGCGAGGGGUCCAGAGCCAAUGCUCGAGGCAAGGCAGGGGAUAACCCAAUAGAGGGCAACACGCUAUUGCAGGCCACACACAACACUCACGCCUCUGGGCAUCUUGGCAACUCCGAUUCACCUCAGCAAGUUUUUGGAAUGAGGGGGGAAAUCCAGAGGAAAUAGCGGGAGGAGAACAUGCGAACUCUACACACGUAGAACCGGGCAAAGACCCAAACGCUGGACUCCAGAGGUGUGAGGCAACUGUGCUAACCACAGUGUCGCAAUAUAAUUUUGUAAAUUAUUUAUCAUCUUGAGUUUUUGUGUUUUUUCACAUGGAAGUCUACUCAAAAAUUUACAGUGUUCCUCAAAAGAUUUCUGAACAUGGGGAAAACUGGAAAAUGAUAUAGAAAUGUAGAAUCAAAUUCAGUGAUUAGUGAGAUUAAUUUAUAUAGAGCUGAUUCUAAAGUGCUCUUAUGAACUGAGUGAGAGUGUUUGUGUUGCACUGUUGCUCUGCCCCUUAUUUGAUCAUGGAUGUGUGUUUUAUGUAUAUUGUGCUCUCCUUUUCUAUUACCUAUGACACUACCUUCAUUUGAACGUUUGCUUUAAUCAUAUGGUAUACAUCACCUAUUUUAAAAUAAAAUGUAGCCCUUUGUGGUUUAAUUAUUUAAACAUAUGUAGUAAAAUGUUUGAAAUGAAGAAAGAUGUAUGAUUAUA